AGAAUUGAACAUUGAUAUAAUUGUUUCAAAGAAAAAGAUACCUAAUAUUUCUGCAUUGCCCCAAUUUUCAGUAGCACCUGCUCCAAACAGUUCACGUGAUAAGAAUGAGUGGGGGAAGUUUUUGAAUUUCCUGCACAAACAUGACAUGGUUGCUAUUACAAGCUUUGAGCUGUACAAGCUUUACAUUUUGCCUCCUCCUAAAGCAUCUACAUCCAGCCCAGUCAAUGUUGCAUAUCAGAUAGGCAACACAUGUACUAUAGAUACUCGUGCAAGAGACUGUGAAUCAGGUUCACACUUAGCCGAAGAAUGUGGUGGACCUGCUACUUUCAUUGCUAGAGGUCCAUCAAACGGUGGCGAUGUCUGCUCCUCACAUCUUAAGUUUCCUCCAGGGGAAGAUCGUGCAUAUCGUUUUACAGCUGAAACUUGUGGAAUUCAGUCACAUGUGAAGCAGGAAAGACUGCCUGAGAAAAAUUUCAUACGAGCAGAUCCAAGUUACCUGAAAACUCUUGGCCAGUUUCACUCUGGAUGGAUUUUCGGUGGAAUAGCUGAGCUUGUUGAUAAUUCAAGGGAUGCCAAAGCAACUAAGAUGGACAUUUUUGUUGAUAUGAUAAAGAUGAAAAAAUCUGGGAAGGAUGUACCUAUGUUGUCUGUAAUUGAUGAUGGUCAAGGGAUGAACCAUGAUGAGGUUGUGAAAAUGGUAUCUUUUGGGCACAAACAACCUGAUAUUGACGACAAGGAUCAAAUUGGUAGAUUUGGUGUUGGAUUCAAGACAGGAGCAAUGAGACUUGGCAAGGAUGUUCUUGUUCUAACCCAGACUGCUAAUUCCAGAUCUAUAGCAUUUCUUUCACAAUCCCUUAAUGAAGGCAAAGAUAAUAUAGAGAUUCCUAUAGUUAGUUACUGCCGACAAGGACAAUGUAUGGAAGUUGACACAAAUGCUCAGUCUGAAACAUUGGCAAAAAACAAUUUGAAGGCUAUUAAGGAGUUCUCACCAUUUAAUAAAUAUCUUAUUGGUGAAAAGGCAGCCUUGUUUUGUGGUUGUCCGGGUACCCAGAUAUAUAUCUGGAACUUGGAUGAAUGGGGUUUGGAGUGUUGCCUAGAAUGGCACAACGGAUUGAAAGGUGGGAGUUCUUUUCACCAAGGUGACAUUUUCAUCCGCAGCAAAAGGAGUCGUUCUCGUCAAGGCCAAAUUAAUCAAAAGGUUCCUCUGGAUUACUCAUUACGAGCUUAUUUGGAAGUCAUCUUCUUAGUCCCGCGAAUGAAGAUAUGUGUUCAAGGGACACUGGUUAAAAGUCGACCGUUAGCAAAUUUCCUCACUAAUACUGUUAUUGCAACUGGUGACAUUUUGGGAAGGCCGGUUGAAUUGAUACUAGGAUUUAGUCAAUUAAAAUGGGAUCAAGCAAGCUGUGGAAUAUUUUUGUAUUGGCAUGGUCGUUUAAUUGAGGCUUACAAGAGAGUUGGUGGCAUGAUUCAUAGUGCAGAUGUGGGGCGCGGUGUAAUUGGUGUCAUGGAUGUUACAAAUUUAAUGGAUGAUCAAGAUGGUCGUGUGUGGGUGCACAAUAACAAGCAGGGAUUCCAAGACUGUGAAGCAUAUGCAUGUCUUGAGCAGUGGCUUGCGAAAAAAGCAGAUGAAUACUGGGACAAUAAUUUUGAUUCGCUUACGUUGGACAAGGAUAACUGUGUCUACAAACCAGAUUGUGAGUGGGUGCAAUGUGACAAGUGCAGAAAGUGGAGAAUGUUACCUCCCACCUUUGACAGCCGAGGAUUGACUACGCAGUGGUUCUGUUAUAUGGCGCCUUUCAAAGGUCAAUGUGCAGAUGCUGAACAGAAGGUGAAGCCUGGCAUAGUCACCGUUUCCACAAAGCGAUCAGGAUAUGAUUGCUUGCUGAAAGAUUCUCAUAGUAUCAAUACAGAAGCUGGUAAGGAUGCUUCUGGCACAGAUGAAAAAUUGGUCAAUUCUGAGGAUGUAGUAUAUCCAGCCUUCAAGCGGUUGAGAAAGGUACACUUUCAAGCUACGAGGAUGUCAAAUCUGCCUCCUUAACCCACCGGCAAUGGUGGGUGAAAAGUACCAUCUUAUCUUUUGAGCAAUAUAUUUUGAAAGGCCUGGAGUUCUGCUAAAUAUCAUCUUUUGAGCAAUGCUUUCAACAUGUGAAUAUGUAAAUUCUCCUUCUCUCUCUCUGUAGAUUUCAUUACAUCAUUGGUAUUGUCACGGUAAAUUUCUAUUCAUGAUCAUUAUGUUCCUCAGGUUGGUUAAUUCACUUAGGAUCUUAAAACUCAAUGAGGAUAUUUCUUGUGAACUAUUUGCAUGACAUGAGCACGUUAUAUUUUUUGGUAUAAUGAAUUAAAAUCCUAAGAUCGAUACAUCAAAAUUAUUAUAAA